ACUCACACUCCCCGCGCGCUGCUCGGAGCCGGAGGGAGCGCAGGGAGCAAGCUAGCGAGCGCUCGGAGCCCAGGCCAGCAGAGGGGGCGCCCGGCCGCUGUCUGCACCGCCGCCUCCGCCGCGCUCCGGGGCCCGGGGAGGAGCGAGGGCGAGUCGGAGAGUCGGGAGCCGAGCCGGCGAGACCCAACUGCAGGAGGGCGCCCGCCCCACUCCGCCGCCUCCUGCGCCCGAGCCGGGGAGCCCCCGCCGAUCGCCCUGCGGGCCGGAGGGCAGGGAGCACAGGUCCCCGCAGCCCCAGGGAUGGUCUAGGACCCGGCGCGAGGCUCGCCAUUUGCUCCCAGCCGGGGCUUGCCGCCUGCUGCGGAUCGCCCAGGGCUGUGCGCCGCGGCGGCCGGGGCGCUGCGCGCCGGGGCGGCCCAGGCCCGGAGAAGUUAGUUGUGCGCGCCGCUCGUGCGCGGAGUCAGCGAGCGAGCGAGAGAGGCAGAGAGGCGCCGGGGCCAUGGGCUGGGGGAGCCGCUGCUGCUGCCCGGGACGCCUGGACCUGCUCUGCGUGCUGGCGCUGCUCGGGGGCUGCCUGCUCCCCGUGUGCCGGACGCGAGUCUACACCAACCACUGGGCGGUCAAAAUCGCCGGCGGCUUCCCAGAGGCCAACCGCAUCGCCAGCAAGUACGGAUUCAUCAACAUAGGACAGAUCGGGGCCCUAAAGGACUACUACCACUUCUACCAUAGCAGGACGAUUAAAAGGUCAGUUCUCUCGAGCAGAGGAACCCACAGUUUCAUUUCAAUGGAACCAAAGGUGGAGUGGAUCCAACAGCAAGUGGUAAAAAAACGGACAAAGAGGGAUUAUGACUUCAGUCGUGCCCAGCCGACUUACUUCAACGAUCCCAAGUGGCCGAGCAUGUGGUAUAUGCACUGCAGUGACAACACGCAUCCCUGCCAAUCAGACAUGAACAUCGAAGGAGCCUGGAAGAGAGGCUACACGGGAAAAAACAUCGUGGUGACCAUCCUGGAUGAUGGCAUUGAGAGAACCCACCCGGAUCUGAUGCAGAACUACGAUGCUCUGGCGAGUUGUGACGUGAAUGGGAAUGACCUGGACCCAAUGCCUCGUUACGAUGCAAGCAACGAGAACAAGCAUGGGACCCGCUGUGCUGGAGAAGUGGCAGCUGCAGCGAACAACUCUCACUGCACAGUCGGAAUUGCUUUCAAUGCCAAGAUCGGAGGGGUUCGGAUGCUGGAUGGAGAUGUCACGGACAUGGUUGAAGCGAAAUCGGUUAGCUUCAAUCCUCAGCACGUGCAUAUCUACAGUGCAAGCUGGGGCCCUGAUGAUGAUGGCAAGACCGUGGAUGGACCGGCUCCACUCACCCGGCAAGCCUUUGAAAACGGCGUUAGAAUGGGGCGGAGAGGCCUCGGCUCUGUUUUUGUCUGGGCCUCGGGAAAUGGUGGAAGGAGCAAAGACCACUGUUCCUGUGAUGGCUACACCAACAGCAUCUACACCAUCUCCAUCAGCAGCACAGCUGAGAGUGGGAAGAAGCCUUGGUACCUGGAAGAGUGUUCAUCCACACUGGCCACCACCUACAGCAGCGGAGAGUCGUACGAUAAGAAAAUAAUUACUACGGAUCUGAGGCAGCGCUGCACAGACAACCACACUGGGACCUCGGCCUCGGCCCCCAUGGCCGCAGGCAUCAUUGCGUUGGCCCUGGAAGCCAAUCCGUUUCUGACCUGGAGAGACGUGCAGCAUGUUAUUGUCAGGACUUCCCGUGCGGGACAUUUGAACGCUAAUGACUGGAAAACCAAUGCUGCUGGUUUUAAGGUGAGCCACCUGUAUGGAUUUGGACUGAUGGAUGCGGAAGCCAUGGUGACGGAAGCAGAGAAGUGGACCACUGUUCCUCAGCAGCACGUGUGCGUGGAGAGCACAGACCGACAAAUCAAGACCAUUCGCCCCAACAGUGCGGUGCGCUCCAUCUACAAAGCUUCGGGCUGUUCCGAUAACCCCAACCACCACGUCAACUACCUGGAGCACGUAGUUGUGCGCAUAACCAUCACCCAUCCCAGGAGGGGAGACCUGGCCAUCUACCUGACCUCGCCCUCAGGAACCAGGUCCCAGCUUUUGGCCAACAGGCUCUUUGAUCAUUCUAUGGAAGGAUUUAAAAACUGGGAGUUCAUGACCAUUCAUUGCUGGGGAGAGCGAGCCACCGGUGACUGGAUCCUUGAAGUUUACGAUACCCCCUCCCAGCUGAGGAACUUCAAGACUCCAGGGAAAUUGAAAGAAUGGUCUUUGGUCCUCUAUGGCACCUCCGUGCAGCCAUACUCACCAACCAAUGAGUUUCCUAAAGUAGAACGUGUCCGCUAUAGCCGAGUAGAAGACCCCACCGAUGACUAUGGUACCGAGGAUUAUGCAGGUCCCUGUGACCCUGAGUGCAGUGAGGUCGGCUGUGAUGGGCCAGGACCAGACCACUGCAGUGACUGCUUAAACUACUACUACAAACUGAAAAACAACACCAGGAUCUGUGUCUCCAGCUGCCCCUCUGGCCACUACCAUGCUGACAAGAAGCGAUGCAGAAAGUGUGCCCCCAACUGUGAGUCCUGCUUUGGAAGCCAUGGUGACCAGUGCCUGUCCUGUAAAUAUGGAUACUUCCUAAAUGAAGAAAUCAACAGCUGUGUUAUCCACUGCCCUGAUGGAUCAUACCCAGACACCAAGAAAAGUCUUUGCCGGAAAUGCAGUGAAAACUGCAAGACAUGUACUGAAUUCCACAACUGUACAGAAUGUAGGGAUGGGUUAAGCCUGCAGGGAUCCCGGUGCUCGAUCACCUGUGAGGACGGGCAGUACUUCAAUGGCCAGGACUGUCAGCCCUGUCACCGCUUCUGUGCCACCUGCGCUGGGCCGGGUGCUGACGGGUGUAUUAACUGCACAGAAGGCUACUUCAUGGAGGAUGGGAGAUGCGUGCAGAGCUGCAGUCUCAGCUACUACUUUGAUCACCCUUCAGAGAACGGAUACAAAUCCUGCAAAAAAUGUGAUGCUACCUGCUUGACAUGCAAUGGUCCAGGGUUCAAGAACUGCACGAGCUGCCUCAGCGGGUAUCUCUUAGACUUAGGGACAUGUCAGAUGGGUGCCAUCUGCAAGGACGGAGAAUACAUUGAUGAACAUGGUCACUGCCAGGUCUGUGAAGCCUCGUGUGCCAAGUGCUGGGGGCCAACUCAGGAAGACUGCACUGACUGCCCCAUCACAAGGACUUUUGACAAUGGCCGCUGCGUUUUCAAAUGUCCCUCAGGGAAAUUUGAAUUUGAGAACCAAUGCCAUCUAUGCCACUACACCUGCCAAGAAUGCCAAGGAAAUGAGCCUUCCAACUGCACUGCCUGUGGAGUAGAUAAGCAUGGCCAGGAGCGCUUCCUAUAUCAGGGGGAGUGUUGGGAGAGCUGCCCAGCAAGCCACUACCCUGCCGAGGGGCACACCUGCCUGCCCUGCUCAGACAACUGUGAGCUUUGCCACAGCGCACACAUCUGUACACGAUGCGUGGGUGGCUACUUCAUAGUGCCCACCAACCAUACCUGCCAGAAGUUGGAGUGUGGACAAGGUGAAGUUCAAGACCCAGACUAUGAAGAGUGCGUGCCUUGUGAAGCAGGAUGUCUGGGGUGCAACUUGGAUAAUCCAGGAACCUGUACAUCAUGCACUACGGGGUAUUACAUGUUUGAACACCGCUGUUAUAAGACCUGUCCUCAGAAGACCUACAGUGAAGAAUCUGAAUGCAAAGCGUGUGAGACCAACUGUGGUGAUUGUGACCAGCAUCAGUGCUAUUGGUGUGAAGAAGGCUUCUUUCUCCUGGAUGGCUCUUGUGUGAGCACAUGUGGUCCUGGCUUCUACGGCGACCCAGAGCUGGGACAGUGUGAGCACUGCCACCCGGCCUGUGUGACCUGCACUGGCCUUGGCCACCAUCAGUGCAGCAGCUGCCGGGAAGGACUGCAGCUACAACAUGGGUCAUGCGUGGAGCCUGCCCAGACCCAGGUGGAAGGCAAAUUCCGGAAUGACGUUUUGAGAGGACACCAGCCUUGUCAUCCUUCUUGUAAAACCUGCAAUGAAUCUGCGACCCUGUGCACUUCGUGUCCAAAAGGCACGUAUCUGCUGGCCCAGGCCUGUGUCUCCUCCUGUCCUGAAGGCACAUGGCCCUCGGCAAGGAGUGGCCACUGUGAGAACUGUAUGGAGGACUGUACCUCCUGCUCUGGAGCCGAUCUCUGCAGAACGUGCCGGACGGGGCCGGACUUCCCUCUCUUCCUCCACGAAGGCAGGUGCUACACCAGGUGCCCUGAGGGCUUCUAUGCAGAAGACCGCAUGUGUGAGCACUGUAGCUCUCCUUGCAGAACAUGCGAAGGAAACGCCACCAACUGCCUCUCUUGCCAAGGAAGCCUCAUCCUGCACGAGGGAGCAUGCCGGGAAGCCUGCCCCGAGAGGCACGUGGCCGUGGAGGGGGUGUGCAAGCAUUGCCCUGAGAGGUGUCAGGACUGCAUCCAUGAGAAGACAUGCAAAGAGUGUAUGCCUAAGUCCUUCCUGUACCAGGAUAUGUGUCAUCCAUCCUGUCCCCGCGGCUUCUACGCGGACAUACGAGAGUGUGUCCCCUGCCACGAAGACUGCCUGGAGUGUAGUGGCCCCUCGGCGGAUGACUGUGACCUCUGUGCGGAGCCAUCCCUGGUUCUCUAUGACGGACGGUGUUUGGAUGAAUGUCCAGUGGGAACUUACUAUGAAAAAGAGACUAAGGAUUGCAGAGAUUGCCACAAGUCCUGCCAGACCUGCUCAUCACCUGGGACUUGCACGGCCUGUCAGGAGGGCCUUCUGGUCAACCACCACGGGGACUGCGUGCCUCACAAGGAAUGUGCCUCCUUUGAGUACUGGGAUGUGGAGGCUCUGAGAUGCAAGCCCUGCCAUGCUAAGUGCUUCCGCUGCACGGGGCCUGCUGAGGACCAGUGUCACACCUGCCAGAGGGACAACCUUCUUUUCAACACGACCUGCGUGCAUGACUGCCCCGAGGGCUACUAUGCUGAUGAGGACAGCCACCAAUGUGUCCCCUGCCACAACUCUUGUAGGACGUGUGAAGGGAGACACAGCACACAAUGCCUCUCCUGCCAACCAGGCUUGCUCCAGCUGGAAAAGCAGUGCCUGCUGCAGUGCCGGGAAGGGUAUUACGCAGAAAUCUCCACGGGACGGUGCAAGAGGUGCAGCAAGAGCUGCAAGGCAUGCCAGGGCCCGCGGCCCACUGACUGCCUGUCUUGCGAUUCGUUUUUCUUUCUGCUCCGCAUCAAGGGAGAGUGUCAUCGCACCUGCCCAGAGCAUUACUAUGCAGAGCAAGGCACACGGACGUGUGAGAGAUGCCACCCGACCUGCCACAAAUGCAAAGGAAAAGGAGCAUUGAAUUGCUUAUCCUGUGUGUGGAGUUACCACCUAAUGGGAGGAAUCUGCACCUCGGACUGUCUGGCAGGGGAAUACAGAGUGGGAGAGGGCGAGAAGUUUAACUGUGAAAAAUGCCACAAGAGCUGUGUGGAAUGCAAGGGACCUGGCACCAAGAACUGUACCAUGUGCCCCGCCAGCCUGGUGCUGCUUAUGGAUGACAACCGUUGCCUACCCUGCUGUAACAUGUCCAAUCCCGCCAACGCCCAGGACUGCUGUGACUGCCGGGACACCACAGAGGAGUGUAUCCUUCAAGCAAGCGAAAUUGGGCCUGCCGGUGAACAGACCAAGAUAGCCCUGUUCAUCACCUCCUCCGUUAUGCUGGUGCUUCUGCUUGGGGCAGCUGUGAUUGCCUGGAGGAAAUCGCGGGGCCGAGGCCAGCCGGUAGUGAAGGCCGGCUAUGAGAAGCUGGCCAACCCUAGCAAGUCAUACGUUUCCUAUAAGAGCAGCCCCAGCUUGGAAGAGGAUCAGGUGAUUGAGUACAGGGACCAGGACUAUGAUGAGGAUGAUGGUGAUGACAUUGUCUACAUGGGCCAAGAUGGCACUGUUUACCGGAAAUUUAAGUAUGGGCUGCUGGAUGAGGAGGAGGAGGAUGAGCUGGAAUACGAUGAUGAGAGUUACUCCUACCAGUAGACAAGAGGCCCCCCCCCGCCCCCCACCCUGCCCCAUUCCACUCACAGGCAUGCAUUCGAGCGUUCCAGUUUUGGAGUUUUAUCCCCACACAUCAGGCUGAUGUGUGGGUGUUUGUCUUUGUCCUCUUAACCAUGAGUCCGACUAGGGUAUGUAAGAAUGCUGAAAUAAUUUGUUCUCCUUUUGAGUGGCUAAACUCAAUUAACCAUAACUGAGGAACAAGGAUAAAAUUCAGAGAGAUUUCCCUCAAAAUAAUAAGUCAAAAUACAGGAAGUGAAAAAAGUGAGAUUUGUACAUUUCAUGAGAUUAAAAAGUAUUGGAC